UUACAGAAUGUAUGGCCGACUGACAGCGACCUACGAGAGCGCAUCAACGCGUCGCUUCCGCCUGGGUCGCGUCGACUGCAUUCGCUCAGCCAGCGCCGAGGCGGCCGAAUGGACGCGCGCCAUGAACCAGCAGAAUAGUGCUGACGACAGCGAAACGCAGGUCAGCGACCCUUUGCAGCCCGGGAAACGAGUCACUUUCAAUCUGUUCUCAGAAAAAGAGAAAUUGACUCUAUUUGACGCGGCAGUGAAGAAGCAAACUGAGAUAAUGAUUGAAAAUAUUCUGGGAGACGGAAUUGACUGUCACUUGCUGGGCCUCAGAGAACAGUCCAAACUUCUUGAUCAGCCGAUGGACUUGUUCAAGGAUGAAUCCUACAGAAUUGCCAAUCAUUUUGCCUUAUCCACAAGUCAGGUUCCAACCACAUCUGACUGCGUUCUGGGAUAUGGUCCGGUGGUACCAGACGGUUACGGAUGCUGUUACAACCCGUGGCCCAAUACUAUCACGUUCUGCAUAUCGGCGUUCCAUUCUUCCGAGUCGACCAAAUCUUCACUUUUCGCUCAGAACCUGGAGGACAGUUUGCUGGCCAUGCAAGAACUGCUGCAGUCCGGGGGACAUAGAACCACGGAGAAAAUUUAGCAUAAGAAGAUGCUAUCAUUUGCAAUUAUUUCUCUAUAGAAUCACAGAGAGAAUUUAGCAUAAGAAGAUGCUAUCAUUUGCAAUUAUUUCUCUAUAGAAUCAUAGAGAGAAUUAAGCAUAAGAAGAUGCUAUCUUUUUCAAUUAUUUCUCUUCAGAAUCAUAGAGAAAAUAUAGCAUAAGAAAAUGCUAACUUUUGCAAUUAUUUCUCUAUAGAUUCAUAGAGAGAAUAUAGCAUAAGGAGAUGCUAUCUCUUGGAAUCUAUUCUCCAUAGAACCAAAGAUAUAGCAUAAGAAGAUGCAAUCUUUUCUCAAUAGAACCCAUGGUUUGUAUAAUCCAUACAGUUAGGAAGCUUUGUA